CGAGCGGAGAGGAUUUCAAUAGGGUCCACAGACGGACAGAGCCACUUACAGACCACCAGAAAGAAGGGAAGGACAGAGGUGGCGGGGUGAAGGGGAGAAAUAAGGAACACAGGAGAGCUGACAUCAGGAGUGCCCCCCCCUCAGGGCGAGAGCAGGAGCAGGGUUAUAAAAUACUGCUCUUCUGGAAGAAUCAAGGACACCUGACUUUGAGACUGACCAACCAUCACAAAAACAAAAUGACUGGGUUAACCGGUGUCCGCGCCCCUGGCUUCCUCCGUGAAUGUCUGUCACCAUGGCCAAGCGCGAGACCGGCAGCACCAGCCCGGUGGUGCGGCAGAUAGACAAGCAGUUCCUGGUCUGUAGCAUCUGUCUGGACCACUACCACAACCCCAAAGUCUUGCCCUGCUUACACACCUUCUGCGAAAGGUGUCUACAGAACUACAUUCCUCCCCAGUCUUUGACACUGUCUUGCCCCGUGUGUCGGCAGACCUCCAUCUUGCCCGAGAAGGGUGUGGCCGCCCUGCAGAACAACUUCUUCAUCACAAACCUGAUGGAGGUGCUCCAGCGGGACCCCGAGUGUUCGCGCCCUGAGGCCUGCAGCGUCCUGGAGUCUGUCAGUGCUGCUGCUGCUGGCAAGCCCCUGUCAUGCCCCAACCACGAGGGCAAGGUGAUGGAGUUUUACUGCGAGUCGUGUGAGACAGCGAUGUGUCUAGAUUGCACAGAGGGGGAGCACCGGGAGCAUGUGACUGUCCCUCUACGAGACGUCCUGGAGCAGCACAAGGCAGCAUUGAAGAACCAGCUGGAUGCAAUUCGCAACAGGCUUCCUCAGCUCACAGCAGCCAUCGAGCUGGUGAACGAGAUAUCCAGGCAGCUAACAGAGCGCAAGAAUGAGGCAGUGAGUGAGAUCAGCAACACCUUCGAAGAACUGGAGAGGGCUCUGCACCUGCGCAAGAGCGCGCUUAUCAGUGACCUGGAAAACAUCUGUAGCGCGAAGCAGAAGGUUCUGCAGGCCCAGCUGGCCUCCCUUCUGCAGGGGAAGGAGCACAUUCAGAGCAGCUGCAGCUUCACGGAGCAGGCUCUGAACCACGGCAGCGCCACCGAGGUCCUGCUGGUGCAGAAGCAGAUGAGCGAGCGGGUCAGCGCCCUGGCCCGCCACGACUUCCCCGAGCAGCCGCAUGAGAACGCCCACCUGGACUGCCUGGUGGAGACGGAGGGCCUGCGCCGCUCCAUCCAGAACCUGGGCGUGCUGCUGACCACCAGCGCCGUGGGCCACACCAGCGUGGCCACGGGCGAGGGCCUGAGGCACGCGCUGGUGGGCCAGCACACCUCCGUCACCGUCACCACCAAGGACAAGGACGGCGAGCUGGUGCGGACGGGCAACGCCGUGCUGCGGGCCGAGAUCGUGGCUGCCGAUGGCGGCUGCACCGAGGCGGAGGUGGUGGACAACAAGAACGGCACGUACGAGGUGGGCUACACGCUGCGCUCCGAGGGCGAGUUCUCCUUCUCGCUGCUGCUGUACGACCAGCCCGUGCGCGGCAGCCCCUUCCGAUUGCGCGCCAUCAAGCCCUCCGACGUGCCGCAGUCACCCGACGACGUCAAGCGGAGGGUGAAGUCGCCCAGCGGGGGCGGGGGGCACGUGCGGCAGAAGGCCGUGCGCCGGCCCUCCAGCAUGUACAGCACCAGCAAGAAGAAGGAGAACCCCAUUGAGGAUGAGCUCAUCUAUAGAGUGGGUACUCGAGGGCGGGAGAAAGGAGAGUUUACCAACCUGCAGGGCAUCUCUGCCUCCAGCAAUGGCAGGGUUGUGGUGGCAGACAGCAACAACCAGUGUAUACAGGUGUUCUCCAAUGACGGCCAGUUCAAGCUAAGGUUUGGGGUCAGAGGUCGUUCUCCUGGGCAGCUCCAGCGUCCCACAGGUGUCACUGUUGACAUGAAUGGAGACAUCAUCGUGGCCGACUAUGACAACAGAUGGGUCAGCAUCUUCUCCUCUGAUGGGAAGUUCAAGAAUAAAAUCGGCGCGGGCCGUCUCAUGGGCCCAAAAGGCGUGGCCGUGGACCGUAACGGCCACAUCAUCGCCGUCGACAACAAGGCCUGCUGCGUCUUCAUCUUCCAGUCCAACGGGAAGCUGGUGACAAAGUUUGGAGCCAGGGGGACCUCCGACAGGCAAUUUGCAGAAAAAAGUGGUGCAAACUUUGCACUGGAGCAAAAACUUAGUAAAUCUGGCCCUGUGUUCAGCCCACACUUUGUUGCUGUAAAUAACAAGAAUGAAAUUGUGGUGACCGACUUUCACAAUCAUUCUGUCAAGGUCUACAAUGCUGAUGGGGAGUUCCUUUUCAAAUUCGGCUCUCACGGAGAGGGAAACGGCCAGUUUAAUGCCCCUACUGGGGUUGCAGUUGAUGCCAAUGGGAACAUCAUUGUGGCAGAUUGGGGAAACAGCAGAAUACAGGUGUUCGACAGCUCAGGCUCCUUCCUGUCCUACAUCAACACCUCAGCAGAUCCGCUGUAUGGUCCCCAGGGCCUGGCCUUGACCUCAGACGGUCACGUGGUGGUAGCAGACUCUGGAAACCACUGCUUCAAAGUUUACCGCUACUUGCAGUAGAGCGGGAGCGGUCAUGUCCAGAGUGAGCACUGAGCGAAGAAGACACAAGAAAUGUACAGGGUGCAAUGAUCCUUUCCUUCUCCAUGUUUUUGUUCUUAUACUUUGCACAUCAGCAAUGCAGAUCCAUCGUACUUUCCUGAGCUCUCACUAGAGAGGAAGAAAAAAAGCAACAAGAAGAUGCACAUUUUGCGCUUUUUCUACGGUGAGGAAGUGAAAGGGCUUUGAGCUGAAGGACUUGCCUCUCUGUCACACUGAAAACCGACACCUAUUUCAAGUGGCAUUGAAGGAUCCAAAAGAAUAAAUCUGUACAUAGGCUUUAGCCUCACCUUCAUGUGACUGAUCAAGAAGGACAAAAAAAAUCUGUAGCAAUUGCAAACAAGCUGGAGCGUGGUCAGGCCACAGCUGUCUCCAAAUGCAUGAAGCUGUAGCUUAUCCGAGCAGCCACCAAGAGAUACUUUCUUUCACAUUAGUUUUACCAGGCUUCAAAAGCUCAAACAGGAGAGAUGUGGCAGCCAGGAGGGAGUGCCGCUUUUAGACAGACUUAAUAGCAAAAUGUAAUCUAACCUUUGGAAAAAAAAAAAAAAAAUCAGUGAUCUCACACGACUGCAACACCAUCCGUGCAUUUAAUUUUGAUGUAUAUUUAUAUUUAUAUGCAUAAACACAUACAUCCUCUGUAAAUGUAUCAGCUGAUUAAAGCUCCAUGCACCAUUGUACAAUCCUACACAUAUUUUGGUAGUCUCCAGUAGUUCAGCUUUACAGUAUUUUAGCACACGUGGCAGGUCAGUAGGUCAUGUAGGGUUUUUGAGGAGAGGUUUGUAGUACCAUAUUUCUUACCGGCAUCCACAGCACAAUGAUGCACACUCGUUUUGUGCACUUUUUAAAAAACAAAAAGGAAAAAAAGGAAUAAAUAUUCUUAAUUUAUUUUCUUUUUU